GUCUAUCAGGUGAUUAUCGAUGGAAGGUGAUCAAGUGCAUUCGUGCGAUCUCUGUCAUUCUGCAGAGAUGCAAUAAGCAAAACAAGUGGCAAAAAAGUGUCUAUGUCGCAAGUCAUUAAUAAAAGUGAACAAUAAUCGUAAACUAUGUGUUCGAGGUUUUUACGUCAAUUGAAGUUGUGAGUAAUUGUACCGGAAAUGCAAAUAAUAGUAACAAAAUUACGACGAUAUAGAUAAUGCUUUUAAAUAAUAAUAAUUAGGACCAUACCGGUGUCAAUUAGAAUAAACUCAACAGAAAUAACAAAUUUCUUUGAUCACGUACCCACAAAAUCAUGAUGUUCCUACAAACAAGUAACGUGUAAUUAAAAUCGUAGUCGAAAGAACUGACACUAAGCACCAUAUUGUUGACACAACGUCUCUUACCCGUGACACGAUAAUUUGAAAUAUCCUUGUGAAUUUCAUCGGUGCUGUGACACAUGAAUUAUUCAUAUAAAAACGUAUGUGAAGGAAUAAGUUCAGUGACUCAAAAGGAUCCGGAACACUCGUGUAAACAGCUCACAUUUGAACUUUUCGAAUGCAACGACACUGAUACGAAAGAAAAGGAGAAAGUUUUCGUCGUUCAAAAAUGUCCUGAAGAACAAUAAAUCGCUAACGGACAUGGAAAAAAGGCUGUUUGACAAUUGAAGGAGAGGUUUGAGAGAAGAGGACUUUUCUUUUGAAACAUUUCGUGAAUAUGCGAAAGAGGUGAACAGGCACUAUGGGGGAGAAGAUAUAUCUUUUUACGAUACUAGUUUUAUCAUCGACAGUAACGAGUUCCUUGACUGAUAUUUUUCGGAAUAUGCUUCAUUUUGCAAAGAAUCAGAUGGAUAAUACAGGCAUUGCUUAUCCUCUUAUGUACAGUGGAAUAAGGAGUCAGCCUCAGAUUUCAGAUCAUGUUCCCUUUCCCUGUAACGUCACAUAUGGAAGAUCUUUUUCAGCCCCUGAAAGCGUGCAUCGUUUAAGACCUGGCGACAUAGAUAUUGUCGGUGGUCUAGGCGAUUCAUUGGUUGCCGGAAGUGGUGCUUUAGAAGAGUUCGCAAUUGGAACAUUUAUAGAAGCCCGCGGAGUUAGCUGGUGUGUAGGUGGGCAAGGUGAUUGGAGACGGUUCUUAACCGUUCCUAAUUUACUCAAGAUGUUCAAUCCCAAUUUGUUUGGGUACUCGACGGGCACAGGCGAAUUUAUUUCGAGCAAAGCGAAAUUGAAUAUUGCUUUUCCUGUCGCAGCUACAGAAGACGCAUUGCAGCAAGCUCGAAUUCUUGUUCAAAGGAUCAAAAGCGAUCCGAAAGUGGAUUUUAAACGACAGUGGAAGCUCGUCACUAUAUUUUUCGGUGCAAAUGACAUAUGUUCUGCACAGUGCUAUAGUCCUGCGCAGUUUUCACCGAUCCGUUACGCUCUGCACUUACGAAGAACAUUGGAUUUUUUGAAGAUUGCUUUGCCUCGUACUCUAGUCAACCUCGUGCCAGCCAUAGACGUUACAGUGUCCAUUAGAGUUCCUCGAAGUGCCAUGUGCAAUAUUUUGCAUCCUCUGUAUUGUGCUUGCAUGCACAGAGGAAAUCGUCCAAGUAUUACAGCUUCAAAAAUGGCCCAGCUUUAUCAACAAGCAGUGGAAUCUCUGAUUGAUUCAGGAAGAUACGAUAAAUCGUUAGAUUUCACGGUAGUACUGCAACCGUUUAUUAAAUUGUUUAACGCUCCGAACGCGGAUCCCAGUAAAGCAUCGCCAAUCGAUCCUACUUUGGUCACGUAUGAUUGCUUUCACUUUAGCCAAAAGGGUCACGCUUUAGGAGCUAAUCUUCUGUGGAACAAUAUGUUCGAACCAGUUGGAAAUAAAACAGAUAUGGGUCUGCCAGAAAUAUUCGAAAGAGUUUUAUGCCCAACCGAGACAGCGCCAUAUAUUUUUACGAAUGUCAAUUCGAGAUAUUUCAAAAUGACUGGAAGGCAGGAUGGUAUUACGCCCAGAUAAUUCAUAGAAGUGUUUAUAUCAUUAAUUUUAUUUGUGAUAUUUAUGAACGCAUCGGAAACGGAAAAAUCCACGCCAAUCUUUCGAACAAUAAUUACAUUCCUAACAAUGAUUGUAUUGUAAGCAAAAUAAGCUCAACAUUACUGGAAAAUAUAUCAAUAGAAACUUUAAAUCGUUUUAUAAAUAAAAAACAUUUUAUUAAUAAAAUAUAUACC